UGGCAGUACCCUACACGUACAUUCCCUUCACAGUUCUCUAGUAACACUGAGUGUGUGCGUUUUUUCUGUGUGUGGGGGGGGAGAAUAGCCUUUUGUAGUGAGACUGUGGAAGAAAUGUGCUGUGGAUGUACUUUUGAUCUACUGAUAGUUUUGUAAGAGAUUUGCAACCUUUGGACAUAUAUUUAUUGAAGAGAAAAUAGUCAAGACAGUGUUGCUGAUGUUUGGAAAUUAUCAUAUGAUGUUCUUCAAAGUGUUUUCAAUGUGUUGAAAAGGGUCACCAGUUUGACUUAUAAUAGAAAGCAGAAAAAAAGAGUUGUUUAUUUUAUAUAUACAAAUUGGUCAGUUGUAUAGACUCUAAUCAGAUUGCCGUUUUUAAAUUCAGCAUUAACAGUUUUAUUGGUGCUGAUUAUGAGUCGGACUGUUCAAGAUGCAGUUCUCACAACCAGCAAGAUCUCUAGUACUGGAUUUCCAAAUCCAAAAAGAUAUUUUAGAAAAGGCAUCAUGGCUGUGAGUCGGCUGAGCCUGGCCUUCUCCGAGACACUGCACACUACGAAGCAUGUGGCCCAUGUGUGUCUCUUCAUCACAAUCGUCAUUCUGUUUGAAGUUGGGGCUCUAGGGCUGUGGGGAGACCCUCCUGCAUCUGCGUCGUACCCUCCUCUAGUCACACUACUCUUCCAAGUUACUCGACUUUUGCCGUUACUUGCACUACCCCAGGCAUUAUUUAACCUCUUGGGCUUGAUUUGUUUCAAUGCCUUCCCCGAGCGCUCAAAGCUUAAGGGUUCGCCUCUUUUGGCACCGUUUCUGUGCCUGAGAGUUGUGACCCGGGGAGAUUACCCAGACCUGGUCAGGCAGAAUGUCAACCGCAACCUGACGACAUGCCUGCGCGUCGGCCUGGAGAAGUUUAUGAUUGAAGUCGUAACAGACAAGACGAUAGAUCUACCUGAAAAUCAGAGAAUUAGACAGGUUGUUGUACCUUCUAGCUAUCGUCCAAAGAGUGGAGCAUUGUUUAAAGCCCGAGCUCUUCAGUACUGCUUAGAAGAGGAUGUUAAUGUCCUAGCAGAUACUGACUGGAUAGUUCACCUCGAUGAGGAGACUCUAGUUACAGAUGCUGCUAUUAGGGGUAUUCUCAACUUUGUUAUUGAGGGCCGACAUCAGUUUGGUCAGGGCUUAAUAACUUAUGCAAAUGAGAACAUUCAGAACUGGUUCACAACUUUGGCUGACAGCUUUCGUGUGUCAGAUGAUAUGGGCAAGUUGCGGUUCCAGUUCAAAGUGUUUCAUAAACCACUUUUUGGAUGGAAGGGAUCUUAUGUUGUUACUCAGACUGGUGCAGAAAGACGUGUGACCUUCGACCAUGGUCCGGAUGGAAGCGUGGCUGAGGACAAUUAUUUCGGAAUGGUGGCCUUCAAAGAAGGCUACUCCUUCGACUUUAUUGAGGGGGAGAUGUGGGAAAAGUCUCCGUUCACCAUUUACGACUUUUUGCAGCAACGCAAGAGAUGGCUACAAGGGAUCCUCUUAGUGGUCCACAGCCCCCAUAUCCCUAUUAGCACAAAGUGGUUGUUAGCUGUCUCCCUCUACUCUUGGGUCACCAUGCCACUGGCCUUGUCAUCGGUCGUUUUAAGCACCAUCUUCCCUGUGCCUGUGCCUGGCCUCCUCAACUUGGUUGCAGCAUUUGUAGGGGGUGUCAACUUUUAUAUGUACAUAUUUGGUGUGAUCAAGUCGUUCCGUGUGGACCGCGUUGGGUGGAUGAGGAUGGCCAUGUGCAUGAUAGGGGCCCUCAUUACCAUGCCCUUCAACUUCCUCGUGGAGAACAUUGCUGUGCUGCGUGGACUGGUGGGCAAUAAGCACAAAUUCUACAUUGUCAAUAAGUUAACAGGUGCUCCGGACAAUGGAGUGAACAUAGUUUAAGCCAUGAGGAGCAGCCUGGCCUAGUCAUGUCUACACUGUUCUCCCACCUGCUGCUGACCACUGCCACUGCCCGCUGAGGAGUGUAUUCGCUGUUUGCCUACGCAUAUUGACGCUGCUAGUUCGGUCACCAAUUGGUGCUCAUGGCAAAGAAAGGCAUUACAAAUGUCUAUUACAAAAUGUUCCAAAAAUUGAAUAAUCAAACUCUGUAUUGAAGAUUUCUUACAUCAAAGCUUUACAUUGGUUUUUGGCUUGGUUAUUGUGCUUUUUAAUGUGGAUAUAUAUACACAUCAUCUUACAAAAAUAGGAUGUACCUAGUGCUUUAUAAAAUCAUUCAGAAAUGGGUAGAAUGCUUUACCAAUGCAUUAUCAUACUCCUGCUGCAGUAAUUACCAUGGUAAAUAAAUUAUUGCUCUGUAUGGAAUAGAAUCUUCUACAGACAUUUGCAUCAUUACAGUUGUUAAUGGGUUGACCCUUUGGAAGUGGUUUUUACCAAAGACAAUAGAAACACAGCAGUUGAGCCAGCAUGUUUAGGGUGCUGCAAAAUUUCUCAAAUUUUACAGGCUUGUCACAUGACCUUAUCUCAACUUCAUGUAGCAGCUUUAGACAGUCUGGGCUGGAUUGAAUACAGAGCAGUAGGCUUCGAUCAGAGGGUCUUUAGCAGGCACAAAUCAAAAUUUAGGUGUAUGGCCAACGUCGUAAGGCCUUGCUUACCUGUUGAUUCUCACCUUGUUCCAGCUGGGGGUAACACAGCCAGUUUAAAUCAACUUAACUUCAGUAAAAAGAUCCAGACAAAUAUGGAUGAGUGCUUUGUGGUGUAUAUUAGCUUGUGAAUAUGAUGAUAGUGAAACAGGUGCUAUAAGCAUCCCCAUUCUUGUGAUACACAUUCACUGCCAGUGGAAAACAAGCAAGCAGAUAUUUAGACCUGUAAUAUCCAGUGCCAGGGCGUUGCAUUCAGGAUUUCCCUGAACUUGCCGUAAUUAAUUUCUUUUCCUUAAAAAUGUGGAAACCAAUGUUCUUGAUGUCAUUUGAUAUACAAUAUUUAUUUAUUUAUUUAUUUAUUAUUAUUAUUAUUUUUUUUUUUUUGAUAAUUUUCGUUUCAGUCAGGAGCCAGUUUGAAAGUUGCAUUUUGAUGAUUGCUCAGAAGACAGCAGACUUGGAAUAUGUCACGAUAAACUAAUGUCAAUGUUUGAAAGACCAGCAUGAUGGGUGUUACUUAAACAAAACAAAUACAACCAAAAAAUAAAAAAUAUACAUAAAAUAAAAAAAAUGUUUCCAGAAAUCAUCAUUAAAAAGUUUCAGUACAACAAAGCUCUCUCAGAGCACAUUCUGUGGUUUAGCUUACAGGAUGAACAUUUAGGUGCCUCGUUGGCCAUAAUGUUUACCAUUAGCGCUGCACGUGUAAGUGAAAGUAAUUCUUUGUGUUAGUGGAUGCAUCUCAUAGAGUAGACAUAUCUUUGUUCCUUUGGUUGUGAUGUUGUAUUUUAUUUGUUAGAAAAACUCACUGUGUUAUUGUAUAUAUUAUAUGUUUAACUCUUCCGAAGUGCGUUGGAAGAUUUGGUCUUAACCAAAGACUUAAGAACACUAGUUUUUUGUGGGCGUGAUAUUGCCCUUAUUUUGGUAAAUUGAAAGCGAUGUUAUUUAGUGUAGCCAGAUGUACCUCACCAUGUUAAGAGCCAAUAAAAUGUGUGUUAAAGCUGAAUUUAUGUUAUAAAAAUGGCAGCCUGUUUAAGGGCAGAAAGUAUUGUCAAUGUCUGGCUGUAACAUCAUCUGUGAAAUCAUGCCAUAAGGGUAAAGCAGAUGGAUUUCUAUCUCAGAAUCACCUGGACACAAAGUAAUUACUAUAAUUUAAUAAGUAAAAACUGUUACAAUGAAACCAUAAUGUAGCAUAAGGCAGCUGCCACAAAUGCAAAAGGAAGAGAAAUCAUUCUAGAGUGAUGUUUUUUCCAGUUCAUGAUAAAAUAGUUAAGGGUGUUCAAGGGAUUUGUUCCUGGAGAACACAAACCGUGGGAAUGAACAACCAAAUGAGGGUUUGACAGGCCUCAGGACCACUCAGAGUUAUCCUUGAGAAUGGACCAGAAGUUGGCGAAGUGGAGCUGCAACUCGAGUUUUGUGAGGAAUGUGUAAUUUAACUGUGUACUCAGGAGGUUAGAUUAUACAUUUCCAAAAUAGCUGUUUUAACUCAAAGUGUCAUAAGUUAUGCUGUCAUUUGUGUGUUCUAUGAUUCUGAUGUGUGUGUUGAAGUGAUGUUUGUUUCUUGCACAAUGGUAGUUGAUAUUUAUAAUGGUUCAGUUAGAGCACAACUUGUAAAUAUUUCCAAUGUGACUUUCUUACUUGUAUUUGAUUUGUAAACAAAUGCUUUUCUUAGAGGUUGGUGCAUUUACAGUAAGGGUAGUGAUGAUGCUGUGCAUCACUUUUUAUUUAUUCAAAUGUUAAUAGUGUUGAUUCUUUAUUUUUUUUAUCAUGAUUUUUUUCUAUGGGAGUUUUCAGCUGAAAGUCCUGAGUGUGAUAAAGUUAGCAUUAAAUGACAGUUUUUUUUUUUCUUUUCAUUUUCACUUGCAACAGUUUUAUUUCCUGAAACAGGCAUAAAAUCUCCCUCUGAUUCACUUGCACAAAGGAAGGGAUCUUAUUGGUCCUUAGAUUGGCGUAUGAUGCAUCUGAUAGGCCUGACUGAGAUUUUUGAGAAGCUUCAUCUAUAUUUUGUAUAUAUGAGUGUCACACAAAUCCCCCCCCCCCCCCCCCCCCCCCCAAGAAAAAAAGGAAAAGAAAAGAGUGAAAUUUAAAAAGCAAGAACAUGGAUAUUAACUUUUUGAACCACUGCUUUUAAAGAGAUUUUUGCCAGUUACUGAUUUUUUAUUUUUUAUUUUUUGUACAAUACGUCCCCACUGAAAUUUUUAGCGGAUUUGAUUUCAAAAAAUGAUUUUGUUUUCUGAAAGAGGAAAUUCAUCUGUGUUUCAAUUGUGAAUAACAGUCAAACAAAAUUUAUAUUUAAAAAAUGGCAGUAUUCAUAAAAAGUUAGAAACUUAAAAGAGGGUUCAUUUGUAUUCAUUUCCCACAAAUGCAAAAUUUUCAGUUUUAGCUAACUAUAACAUGUAAGAAGGAAGAGAAAGUUGUGUGUCAGUCUAGCCUAAUCACAUAAAUCUUGUGUAUUUGUGCAUGUUUUGUAACUCUUAAAAUCUGGUUUGUUCAUGUUGAACAGCUUAGGGUAAAUGGCAUUAUAGUAUGGUCUGUGUGUGUGUGUUAGAGCUGUGUAUGAUCUCAUGUUCCAUCUAUUGGUUCACUCUAUUGACUUGUAGUAAAAUUCUUUGAUCUACAUUCUUGUAUGCUCAAGUACUUGUCUCAGUGCUUUUUACUGUUAGGUAAUUCGGAACAGUGAUAUUGCAUUUGUUUAUUUAUUUUGUUAUUCGUUGGAGUCAUGAUAAUGAUGGUGGUUAUAUUGGUAAAUGUAGUAAUGAUAAUGAGAAUAAUUAAAAUAUUAUAAAAAAAAUAUAUAAUUAAAGAUGAUUAUAAUGAUAACCAUCAUACUAAGGGAUUAGAUUACAGCAGAAUUAUCUAGGAUGCUGAUUUACAAGGUUCCAGUUCGAUUUGGCGCCAUUUCCAGUGCAUAGCUGAUGGUUGCUUUGUGGCUCCUUGUGAAUUAUGAAAUUAUUAUUGUUGUUAUUGCUGUUGUUGUUAUUGUUAUUAUUUAUUAUUAUUAUUAUUAUUAUUAUUAUUAUUAUUAUUAUUAUUAUUAUUAUUAUUAUUAUUAUUAAUAUUAUUAUUAUUAUUAUUAUCAUUAUUAUUAAUGUAAUCACUAUAAUUUUUCUGUCAUUUAAAUUUUAUGAAAUUUGCUUACUUCUGCUGGUCACAUGCAUGAGCUGGUGUAGAUGAUUGUGUAAUAGAAGUGACACAAACACUUACUUGAUUACAAGUGAAAGGAGUAAGAGACAGUAAGAACAAUGAAUUGAAUGAAGUAUUAAAGUGCUUGUUUCAGUUCAAGUAAAUAACACUAACAGGUACACACACAAUUGAGCCAUUAUUACUGUGCAUAUAUGUUUGCAUUGAACUGUAACACUGAAUAGUUUAGUAAUGAUUACAGUCACUGCUUCUCUAUGUCUAUGAAUGUGUAUUUUAUUUCUUUCUUGACCAUGUAUACUGAAAGUGUAUUUUGAUGAACUCUGUACCUGUCCAGAAUAGGGGAAAACAGCAGCAACGACAAGAAAAGACACAGGCUUGACAAUGACAAGGAUGUCUUACUUUUUCUUUUUGAAAACAUUUUUUCUCCUUUUCCUUUUGUGUGAACUUUAGGUCAACUCUUGGGUCACAGAGGAGAUAGAACACAGUAACUUAUUUUUUCUAUGAAGGAGUAAACAUGUGUAAUGGAUGAUCUCUCUUAUUUUUUUUUUCUUUUCUUUUGAAAAGUAAUUAAUUUAUUAAGAACUGCAGAGCUGCCUAUAACUAAUUUAUAGGAUUUGCUGUCUUCAGGAAGCUGGUUGAUAAUAAAAUAUUGAAGAAA